AUGUCGCUGGACAAACCAUGGCACGAGUAUGUAGGCUUUGAGUCGCUCCGACGGGAGCCCGUGGACGCAAGUGACUCAGAAUGCAUAUUGUGGCUCGACAUUGACAAUACUUUGUAUUCACAUGCGGAAACACGGAUGAUGGAUCUUAUGGUCGAGCGGAUUCACAAUUAUUUCCGUUCGCUGGGACUGGACGACGAAGAAGCGACAUCGCUGCACAUGCGCUAUUACAAAGAGUAUGGACUUGCUAUCCGCGGUCUUGUACAGCAUCAUGCUAUUGACCCAUUGGAUUAUGACCAAAAGUGUGACGCAUCUCUUCCGUUGGAGGAGAUCCUCCGACCUGAUACGAGACUCAUUGACAUGCUCAAGAGUUUGAAGAGCCGUAAGACAAGCAUCUUCAGCCUGACAAAUGCGUACAGAGUUCAUGCGCGCCGUGUCCUAUCGCUACUGCAGCUUGACUCGAUUGUCGAGGGUAUCGUGUAUUGUGACUAUACGAAUCCAGAGUUUUCGUGCAAGCCUGAGGCAGAGUUUUACCUUGCUGCGCAGGAAGCUGUCCAUGCCGCGCCCACGGCACAGCACUACUUUGUGGAUGACAGCAUAGCCAACGUACGGCAAGCCAUCAAGCUGGGCUGGUCCAAGAGUGUACAUUAUGACGAACAUGGCGACUUUCACGAGCCUUUUACGACGCCCGAUGGCAUCCUCACGAUAUCCCACCUGCUGCAACUACCCACCGUGUGGCCUGAGCUCUUUUCGUAG